CUUGCACAAAACAAAUGUAUGUUCACCAAUCUUCCCUACUCCUUAACAAUUUAGUACCCACACCUUUCUUUAACAGCUUCUCAUCCUAUACCACCAUUUACAGAACCAACAAUGGCUGAUGGCCAGUUAAAGCCCGUUGCAGCGGUACUCUUAAUCCUCAACUUCUGCAUGUUUGUCGUGGUUCUAGGCAUUGGUGGAUGGGCAAUGAAUAGAGCUAUUGAUCAUGGCUUCAUCAUAGGUCCAGGAUUUGAUCUUCCAGCACACUUUUCUCCUAUAUACUUCCCAAUGGGAAAUGCAGCCACAGGAUUCUUUGUAGUGUUCGCUUUGAUCGCGAGCGUGGUUGGUGUUGCAUCAGUCAUCGCUGGAUUCAACCACGUUCGUUUUUGGCACACCAGCAGCUUGCCUUCUGCCGCUUCUGCUGCCACCAUUGCUUGGAGCCUUACCCUCCUUGCCAUGGGCUUUGCCUGCAAAGAGAUUUACCUACAAAUCAGGAAUUCGCGAUUGAGAACAUUGGAAGCCUUCAUAAUUAUCCUUUCAGUUACACAGCUUCUAUACAUAGGAGCCAUUCAUAGUAUCACCAGCUACUAGUUUUCACAUAGUAUCACCAGAUACACUUGAAGAUUUGGGUCACAUUAAUUGGAGUGUGUUUUGUAUGAUUGUUUUUAUUUAUUUAUUUUUUGUCACUAAAUUUAACUCUGUUUUACUCGUUCAUGGUUGUACAAAGCCAGGGAAUUGGAAUAUUGCUUUUCUGUUGAUGUGCUAUUUUCAUUUGUAUUGAACAAAUAAAGUACCCAUUAUUGUACAAACAACAUGAAAUUAAUGAGUGUUUUUUUUAUUGUUUGUAUUA